UUAGUCUGCAAUUGUCGAUUAACUGUACUAAUAAUUUGGCCAAUAUUAAAUUAAUUUUUUCAAUAUAUAUGUCACUUUCUUCUUUGCUUAUUGUUUUGCUUAUAUUUUAGGAAAAUGUCUAGUAAUAUGCAAUCUGAUGAACUCAGCUCUAACCGAUCAGAUGUUCACAAGGGUAAAAAUAUUGUACAUGAAUCAGACAUGGCAGACCUGUGCAAUUCAGAUAGAGAGAUAGUUAUAGGUCAAUUGUACGAGACUAAGGAGGAUUUAAAAAAAAUGUUGGGUAUUGAUGCUAUAAAGAACAAUUAUGAAUUCAAAGUGAAGAGAUCAAGCAAAGAAAGGUUUGAAGUUGGUUGUGUCGGCGAUGAAUGCAAGUGGAAACUAUGUGCCUCUAAAUUACAACAAUCAUCAUAUUUCAAGGUCAGGAAAUACGUUACUAUGCACUCAUGCUCAUUAGACGUUAUCAAUCGCCAUCAUCGACAGGUAAGUAGUUCUCUUAUUGGUCAAUGCAUAAAGUCUAAGUACGAGGGUGUAUCACGAGUACAUAGACCACGUGACAUCAUAGAAGAUAUGCUGAAGGACAUGGGUGUGAGUAUAAGUUAUGUGAAGGCUUGGAGAGCUAAGGAACAUGCAAUGGAGUUGGUUAGGGGAUCAUCAGAGGAAUCUUACGCGUUACUUCCAUCUUAUUUUGCUGUGUUAGAAGCCAAAAAUCCAGGUACUAUAACACAUAUUGAAACUGAUGAGAAUAAUUGUUUUUUGUACUGUUUCAUGUCACUUGGACCUUGUAUAAGAGGUUUUCGAAGUGCUAUUAGGCCAGUAAUAGCAGUCGAUGGGACAUUUUUAAAGGGUAAAUAUCUUGGCACCCUAUUUGUUGCCACAUGCAUGGACGGCAAUAAACAAAUAUACCCUCUAGCAUUCGGAGUUGGAGAUUCAGAGAAUGACGCAUCAUGGAAUUGGUUUUUGACAAAAUUACGGGGAGCAAUUGGGGAAGUUGAUGACUUGGUGUUCAUUUCUGAUAGACAUGAAAGCAUUCGGAAGGCUCUCUCAACUAUUUUUCCCAAUGCCCAUCAUGGUGCAUGCAUAUUUCAUAUAAGUCAAAACAUUAGGCACAAUUUUAAGCAUGAGAGAGCACACAAACUGUAUUUUACAGCUGCUAAGGCAUACAGAGUUCCCGAAUUUCAUCGUCUCAUGACAGAAAUAUAUAAAGUCGACUAUGAGGUGGGUGAUUAUCUUAAUUCAGCUGGAUAUGAAAAGUGGACUCGUGCGUACUUUGAUGGAAAGCGGUACAACAUCAUGACAACAAAUAUUGCUGAAUGUCUUAAUGCAAUCACCAAAGAUGCUCGAAAACUACCUAUCACAUGAUUUCUUGAGUAUUUAAGAAUGAAUAUUCUCCAGAAGUGGUU